UUCUACUGGCUCUGCUGUGUAUGUAAAUUGCUGUAGGUGGGUAUUGGGAGCGAAUCCGUUGGUUUUGAUUGAAUCCGCCUCUCCGUGUUUAGAGUUCCUUUUGACGCACUUAAAGAGUGUUCCCUCAACCUUAAGGCGAAUAAUAGCGACCAAUCAUCAAGCCAUUACAGGCUUCAGAGGAAGCUGUUUGUGUGAUUCCAACCCUAAUUAGGCUCAUGAACUAACAAAUCGUUUGCACAACUGGUGAAGAACCGAUCACAUCCAUGGAUUGUCUGAGGACUAGGUGACCACUUUACAGAAGACUUAUUUUUCAAUCCUACCACAAUCCUUUCUGUUGCUUUUCCAACUUAAUCCUGCGGACAAACUUUCACAUUUUCCUGGAGUAUUUUCUUUUAACGAGCUCGCCUGCUUCUUUGCUUGCGCUGGGGGAUCUUUGACUGGUAAAAGUCAUGUUUCAGCCAGCACCAAAGAGGUGUUUUACUAUCGAAUCUUUGGUAGCGAAGGAUAAUCCAGUGCCUGCUUCCAGAGGCGAGGAACCCAUCCGACCAGCGGCCCUUAGCUAUGCAAACUCAAACCAGAUGAACCCUUUCUUGAACGGCUUUCACUCUAGCGGCAGGGGCGUCUAUUCUAACCCAGACUUGGUGUUCGCAGAGACGGUUUCUCAUCCCUCAAACUCUGCCGUCCCGGUUCCUCCAGUCCCCACUCCACAUGCGCUGGCAGCCCACCCUCUUUCCUCGUCUCACAAUCCUCACCCCCUCUUUGCCAGCCAGCAAAGGGACCCGUCAACUUUCUACCCAUGGCUAAUACACAGAUAUAGGUAUCUGGGACACAGAUUUCAAGGGCACGAAACGAGUCCGGAGAGCUUCCUUUUACACAAUGCACUGGCCAGAAAACCCAAAAGAAUCAGGACAGCGUUCUCCCCGUCACAGCUACUGCGGCUGGAACACGCGUUCGAAAAAAACCACUACGUGGUCGGGGCCGAGAGAAAACAACUCGCACACAGUCUAAGUCUCACUGAAACACAGGUAAAGGUGUGGUUUCAGAACCGAAGGACAAAAUUUAAGCGACAGAAAUUUGAAGAGGAAGGAUCCGAUUCACAGCAGAAGAAAAAGGGCACUCAUCACAUCAACCGAUGGAGACUCGCCACCAAGCAGCCGAGUCCAGAGGAAAUAGACGUCACUUCGGACGAUUAAGAACGAGUGACCAGAAACUCGAGCAACGUGCAGCUUUCAGGAUCACACAAACAAGAGCGAGGUGUCGCCGAAUGAAAGUGUAAGAAAAGACUUCGUCAAAACCUUUGGAAAGCGCCGAUGAAAUUAGAGGGCCUAAAUGUGGCACUGCUGCUGGCAAAACCGAGGCAUGGAUCUGUCGAUCAAACUCCAAGUACCAAGACAAGAUGACUGUCAGCUAUUACAUUGUAUGCAGUCCACAUAAAAAUCCAAAACAGAAAAACAAAAACAAUUCCAAUUCAUAUUGGACAUUUGCACUUCAGAGAGACCCCAAACUUAAAAAUGAACGUCCAUACACGAAACCAAAAUUCACAAUCUUUUUUAAUUAAACUUGAAUUGCAUGCUAUCUGUUUUCCCCAAACAGAUAUUAAAAAAAGAACCCUUAAGUUGUUUAUUAUUUUUAUUAUUAUUAUUAUUAUUAUUAUUGCUUUAGGAGAGGUUUCUGUGUGCUUCUAUUAUUUUUUUACAACAAUGUGCAGUUUUUAAAUUGAUUACUUCUGGUGUCAAAGUGUUUGUGAAUGCCAUAUGAAGUAGCAGUUCUUGCUUAUAGUGUUUUAUUUUUUAAUUAAUAAAUAAACUAAAAAUAUGUAUACAACAGAUCAAAUACUUUUAAUGAAAAAAAAGUAUUUAAGACUCCUUAUUUUUGUCACCUGAAGCUUUACAAAGUUACCGUGAUCCUUGGUGUGAAUAUCAAGUUGGCAGAAUCCGCCCCUACAGUGAGCUGCCACAAAGGACUGUCAUAAUUGUCGAUGGCCAUGACGGCAACGAGGUUUCAAGCACUGAGGUUAUUCCAUGUCUAUAGAGGUACUAAACGUGAAUGAUGUUGCUGUAACGUCCUCUUUUAUUAGAAUGUAAAUAUUGUUUGUAUUUAUGUUGUUUGCUACAAUUCUAACACAAAAUAUACUUCCAAGAAGUAUGCCAUUGUCAAUAUUUUGUCAAUAAAGAUUUAUCAAUUAUGCUUUUCAGAGUAACUCAUGAGACUUUUUUUGGGAAGGUUUAGUUUUUUUUUGUUGAUAUGUAUAUGAUUGUGAAGAAGGAUAAUGUAUUUUCAAACUCUGCGUUAUUUUUAUACAGCAUUAUUAACCCAAGCCUUAUAGAAUAUAUUAAAUCUGCCGUUAUGGUUUACGACAAAGCGACAGUACAGCAAAACAUUUCUUCUACAGAUGAACUGCUGUGGCCCGCAGCCGUCGUUUCACUUCCUCUUUCAUGAUGCAGUUCCAAUGUGUCCAGUCGCACGUGCUUGUUACCUGUUCGCAGAGGUGAAUUAUUUAAAAAGUAAAUUGCUGCUGCAAGUAGGAAAAUUAACAGUUUUAAAAAUGUGUGUGCAUAAUUUUUGUCCAUGUAUUUUUUUAAUUCAUCAAUUAAUUUAUUUUAAUGUAUCGGCCUACUGUAUAAGAUACAGAUGGGCUAUACUAUACAAGGGCAUUAAAAACAAGUCAUACAAACUGUAACAUUAAAAGAAUGUUGCUACCAAUUUUGAGGUAUAUAAAAGCCUUUUUUUGGGCAAGUGGUUGUUUUUUCUUGCUUCAUUUGCUUCUGAUCCUGAUAGACUGCAUUAAUCAGUUUGAUUUCCAUUGACAGAGGAACCACGUCUGCUCUGUUCCCGCUACAAAGAGUCCUGCGAGCUUUUGUGAAAGUGCAAAUCAGUUUAGGCAAUUAUCAUACGAGUAAUAUGAUGGAGAAAGUGG